GGUCACGUGACGUGUUCCGCUCGCGCAACUUCCCCAAACAAACGCCAGUUGGAGCAGUUGUUUUUGUUUCUGUUCCAGCAGAGAAAGUAAAACCUGAAGAGGUGUCGACCUUUCCGCACGCCAUCCUGGAGCUGUCAGAUGGGAUAUCUUCCUCUUAAAAAGACUCGUCGCUCAGUGACAGCAGCUGGGGCGUACUAGCCAAUGCGAGCACAUCAUGGUGGAUGUAACCAAAUGGCCCAUUUUCAGCCUUAUGGCGCCGGAGGAGCUCCCAUCAAUAAGGAAGGCCUGCGUGUUUGGCUCAUCUGCUAAUGAGGCCAUCUACGUCACCAAUGACGAUGAGGUCUUUGUGUUUGGGCUGAACUGCAGCAACUGCUUGGGGACGGGAGACAGCCAGAGCACCAUCGUCCCCAAGAAGCUGGACUUCCUGAGCGGCAAGAAGGUGGUGAGCCUGAGCUACGGCAGCGGGCCCCACAUCCUGCUGGCUACAGACGACGGAGAGCUCUUUGCGUGGGGACACAACGGCUACAGCCAGCUUGGAAACGGGACGACCAAUCAGGGAGUCGCUCCGGUGGUCGUAUCUGCCAACCUGAUCAACAAGAAGGUCACGGAGGUGGCUUGUGGCUCCCACCACUCCAUGGUUCUGACUAACUCGGGAGAAGUGUACGCGUGGGGCUACAACAACUGUGGCCAGGUGGGCUCCGGCUCCACGGCGAACCAGCCCACGCCUCGCAGGGUUUCCAGCUGCCUGCAGAACAAGCUGGCCAUCAGCAUCGUCUGUGGUCAGACCUCGUCCCUGGCCUUGGUGAACAACGGAGAGGUGUACGGGUGGGGCUACAACGGGAAUGGGCAACUCGGUCUUGGGAAUAACGGGAACCAGCUGUCUCCCUGUCGACUCAUAGGUCUGCAAGGUGUGUGUGUGCAACAGAUCGUCUCCGGCUACGCCCACUCCCUGGCGCUAACAGACGAGGGUCUGCUCUACGCUUGGGGUGCAAACACGUAUGGACAGCUGGGCACAGGCAACAAGAGCAACCAGCUGAGCCCGCUUCAAAUCCUGACGGAGAAGGAGAGGGUCGUGGAGGUCGCCGCCUGCCACUCCACCCACACGUCGGCCGCCAAGACCCAGAGCGGUCACGUGUACAUGUGGGGCCAGUGCCGCGGCCAGUCCAUCGUACUGCCUCACCUCACACACUUCUCUUGCACGGACGACGUCUUUGCGUGCUUCGCCACGCCCUCCGUAAUGUGGCGGCCUCUCUCCAUGGAGCACGAUGACUUCUUAACUGUGGCUCAGGCUCUUAAGAAGGAGUUCGAUAACCCAGAGACCGCUGACCUUAAGUUCUGCGUUGGUGGCAAGUACAUCUACGUGCACAAAGCGGUCCUCAAAAUUAGCCGCUGUCCUCCGUCUCUGCCGUCCAGGUGCGAACACUUCCGAUCGAUGUUCCAGUCGCACUGGAACGAGGACAUGAAGGAGGUGAUUGAGAUAGACCAGUUCUCCUACGCCGUCUAUCGCGCCUUCCUCCAGUUCCUCUACACGGACAACGUGGAGCUCUCUCCUGAAGACGCCAUCGGGCUGCUGGAUCUGGCCACGUCUUACUGCGAGAACCGACUCAAACGUCUGUGUCAGCACAUCAUCAAGAGGGGGAUCACGGUGGAGAACGCCUUCUCUCUGCUGUCUGCCGCUGUGCGCUACGAUGCAGAGGACCUGGAAGAGUUCUGCUUCAAGUUCUGCGUGAACCACCUGACUGAGGUGACCCAGACGGCUGCUUUCUGGCAGAUCGACGGCAAUCUGCUUAAAGACUUUAUCUGUCGAGCGAGUCUCUGUGGAGCCUUCAGAAACUAAACCUGGACUGCAGGAAGUGACGGAAACGCAUCCAGAGAGACUCCCGAUCCGGAAUCCUGCAUGCCGUCAAAUCCAGUCUUAGAAUGUUUGCACAAUGGAAAACUUCCCCUUCUAGCCAUCUGUGUCGGCGCUGGGUCUGAACACGAGCGAGUGUUGCAUAUACCUUCACACUGGGAGCAGCAGCUGGUUCCCUACAGUGCCUUGCUUUUUAAUUUACACAUAUUGUGUAGGGCAGGAGAGAGGAGUGCUGCUGUUGAUAGUAUUUUAGUUUAACUUAAAAGACUUUAAGUAUUCGGUCUUGUUGUUUUUAUUUUAAGUGAAUGAAUCAGUUUAGUGUCUACUUUUAUGCUUUGCAGAUUGAGACUCUGUGCUAGUAGUUAAUGAGAGGAAAUGACUGAAAACUGAUGGUUCUUCUGUGUAGGUCAACCCCUCUGUUUGAGCUAUUAGUGCCUUUUAGUCUUUCUGGUAAAAUGAUCCAAAGAAACUUGAGUUGCAAAGAGGCCUAAGAGUAGUUCUUCAGGUUUAGUGGAUUUUAUCUAUUGAUUUGUUUCAUCAAGGUGUUUUUUUUUUUUUGUAAAAAAAGUUUAUGUAGUUUUCCACGAUGAGGUCAUGGUCAGUGAAAUUUAUUGGUGGCUUCAUAACUGCUGACGCUAGCUUAGAUAUUUUUUUCCCCCCUCCUUAAAUCUUUGAUGUACUCUGACAAUUACAUUUAACAGUAUUAUAUCUUAUUGUUUUCUUUGUGUAUUAUAUUUUUCACUUAUUUCUUUGCAGGACAUUGAAAAUCAACCAAUUUCUCUCUAUUGAUGCUGAAUAAUAAGUGUCAGUAAAAUGCUUUGACCUCUGAAAACAGA